CAACAAUUGACGAUUCAUUUAAUCAUUCAGAGACCAAAAUGCGAAAAUAAAAACUAUUUUUAUAGAACAACUGUUGUUUUACCAUUAAACGUAUCUAUAAAAGGACCCUUUGGUUCAUUUGGAGUCGUCAAUAGUGAUUCAGCCAUGACGGGAACAAGUCACAAGUCACAAGUGAAGCCGGAACCGGAAACGGAAGAGCUACCCGAAUCCCGUCGUGCCUUUCGGAACCUCUUCAAUUGCUUCUAUGCCUUGGGGAUGCAGGCACCGGAUGGCAGUCUGCCCACCAAAAGCAUCACCUGGCGACGCAUCUAUUUCUGCUUUUCUGCCUUGAUGUACCUCUGGCAGCUGCUCCUGGUGCCCACCUGCUUUGUGAUCAGCUACCGGUAUAUGGGCGGCAUGGAGAUCACCCAGGUGUUGACCUCCCUCCAGGUGGCCAUCGAUGCGGUCAUCCUGCCGGCCAAGAUUGUGGCCUUGGCCUGGAAUCUUCAUCUGCUGCGACGGGCGGAGCAUUAUCUGGCUGAGCUGGAUGGACGCUGCAAGAGGCCCGAGGAGUUCCAAGUGAUCCUGGAUGGGGUGCGAUUCUGCAAUAGGCUCGUGUGGUUCUACCAGCUAAGCUAUGGGUUCUACUCCUUCUCGACCUUCGUGUGCGCCUUCCUCCUCCACCAGCCGCCGUAUGCCUUGUAUCUGCCUGGCCUGGAUUGGCAGCGCUCCCAGAUGCAGUUCUGCGUCCAGGCCUGGAUAGAGUUCUUCAUCAUGAACUGGACGUGUCUGCAUCAGGCCAGCGAUGAUGUCUAUGCCGUGAUCUAUCUGUAUGUGGUACGUCUCCAUGUCCGGCUGCUGGCCAUGCGAGUGCGACGAUUGGGAGAGAAUGCCAAUGGUGAUGAUCCGGAUGGCUAUCCCGAUGAGCGGCGGCAGGAGGAGCACUGCCAGGAGCUGCAGCGCUGCAUCGUGGACCAUCAGACGCUGCUGAAGCUGUUGGACUGUAUUGGGCCAGUGAUAUCGCGCACCAUCUUCGUCCAGUUCCUCAUCACGGCCGCCAUCAUGGGCACCACCAUGAUAAAUAUCUUCAUUUUUGCCAAUACCAACACCAAGAUCGCCUCGAUCAUUUAUCUGUCUGCGGUGACGCUUCAGACGGCGCCAUGCUGCUACCAGGCCACCUCCCUCAAGCUGGACAACGAGGAGCUGGCCCUGGCCAUCUUCCAGUGCCGCUGGCUGGGCCAGAGCGCCCGCUUCCGGAAGAUGCUCCUCUACUAUCUGCAUCGAGCCCAGCAGCCCAUUGCACUGACGGCCAUGAAGCUGUUCCCGAUCAACCUGGCCACCUACUUCAGUGUGAGUGGAAUUUAUAUACAAGAUAUAACAAUGGAUUAUUAUAUGUUAAUUUUUUGCUUAAAUCAAAGUUUUUCAUAUGCCAUAACUAAGUCAAAAAUGUAUUAAUUUCAAUUCGGAUAACAUUUCUGUGCUUGUGUUUAGAGGGU